UUGCCCUUAUGUAGCAUCCAUGUCAUCCUCCUUUCCCCUGCCCCGGCAGGUGAGAGCACGGUUCGUACCAUUGCCAUGGAUGGUACCGAAGGCCUGGUGAGAGGACAGAAAGUGCUGGACUCCGGUGCCCCAAUCAGGAUCCCUGUAGGCCCCGAGACCCUUGGUAGAAUCAUGAAUGUGAUUGGGGAGCCCAUUGACGAGAGAGGCCCCAUAACGACCAAACAGUUUGCUGCUAUCCACGCCGAAGCCCCUCCAUUUGUGGAGAUGAGCGUAGAGCAAGAGAUCCUGGUCACCGGCAUCAAAGUGGUGGAUCUGCUGGCACCAUACGCCAAGGGUGGCAAAAUUGGUCUGUUUGGAGGCGCCGGCGUGGGCAAGACCGUCCUGAUCAUGGAGCUGAUCAACAACGUGGCCAAAGCCCACGGCGGCUACUCGGUGUUUGCUGGCGUCGGGGAGCGAACCCGCGAAGGGAACGAUUUAUACCAUGAAAUGAUCGAGUCUGGGGUCAUCAACCUGAAAGACACCACCUCCAAGGUCGCCCUGGUUUACGGGCAGAUGAACGAGCCCCCAGGCGCCCGUGCCCGAGUGGCUCUGACCGGCCUGACGGUGGCUGAGUACUUCAGGGACCAGGAGGGUCAGGACGUGCUGCUCUUCAUAGACAACAUCUUCCGGUUCACGCAGGCUGGCUCUGAGGUCUCCGCCUUGCUUGGUAGAAUCCCCUCGGCGGUGGGGUACCAACCCACCCUGGCCACCGACAUGGGUACCAUGCAGGAAAGGAUCACCACCACCCGCAAGGGCUCCAUCACCUCCGUGCAGGCGAUCUACGUGCCAGCCGAUGACUUGACCGACCCUGCCCCGGCCACCACGUUUGCCCAUUUGGAUGCCACGACGGUGCUGUCUCGCGCCAUUGCUGAGCUGGGCAUCUACCCUGCCGUCGAUCCUCUGGACUCCACCUCCCGUAUCAUGGACCCCAACAUCGUGGGGCAGGAGCACUACGACGUGGCCCGCGGGGUGCAGAAGAUCCUGCAGGACUACAAGUCCCUUCAGGACAUCAUUGCCAUCCUGGGCAUGGACGAGUUGUCAGAGGAGGACAAGCUGACGGUGGCCCGGGCCCGCAAGAUCCAGCGGUUCCUGUCCCAGCCCUUCCAGGUGGCCGAGGUCUUCACAGGCCACUUGGGCAAACUGGUCCCGCUGAAGGAAACCAUCAAGGGCUUCCAGCAGAUCCUGGAAGGUGCCUACGACCACCUGCCAGAGCAGGCUUUCUACAUGGUGGGCCCCAUCGAGGAGGCUGUGGCGAAGGCCGACAAGCUGGCCGAAGAGCACUCGUGAGCGUGACUGGCUCCUUCUCGCCUCUCCCCCCUGCAUCCCCCAUCGGCUCGUGGCUCCCGGGGCCGGAGCUGGAACCCACAUCGUCUGCAGAGUCUAUUUAAAGUUUCCAAUAAAACAUCCAUCUAAAACAUGAA